AUGAAGAAAAAAACUAGCAAUACAGCCCUUGUAAAGGGAGUGAAAGAAAUAAGAAAAAAAGACAACAAUAAGAAUAGUUUGUUGCUGGUGCUGCUGGCUGGGUUUGCGAGGUGCCUUGAUUCCGAAGGGGACCAGCAUCUAGAUCCACCAGGGAACGAGCUGGAAUCGCUGAGCCGAGACCUGCGCUUCUGCGAGGGACGGCCAGACGGCGUCUACCCUGAUCUCGAGAGGGGCUGCAGGCUUUUCAGGGCGUGCCAGGGCGGUCGAGCGCACGCGUUCUGGUGCGGUCCGGGUCAGGCUUUCGACCCCGAGAGCGGCCACUGCGACGCCGCUGCCAAGGUCCGCUGCUUGGACCCCCAUCGGAGCCUGGGUCCUUCCCUGGUCGGGGAGUGCGGGGGACAGUCGGACGGCGUGUACGCCGACUACGGGGCCGGCUGCAAGAGCUUCUACUUCUGCAGAGGAGGCCGUCGCACUGUCUUCAACUGCCCGGGUUCACUUCUCUUUGACUGGAGGACAAGCCGGUGCCGUCCCGCCCAGGAGGUGUCCUGCCAGAACUUGUCCUGCGUAGAGGGACAGGACGGCGUCUUCCCGGACACUGCCGACGGCUGCCGCCGCUACUACAGCUGCCGCGACGGCGUCAAGUCCGAGCUGGUAUGCCCCCAAGGACAGCUUUUCCAGGAGAAGUCCCGCAAGUGCCAGAACUCUCGAACAGUUCGCUGCCAGGGCUGGACCGGCUUCUCCUGCGCGGGUCUACCAGACGGCUACUACCCUGACUUCCGAAGCGGAUGCCGCAAUUUCGUCCUCUGCAUCAACUCUAAGGCCAAGUCGUUCGCCUGCCCGUCAGAUCUCGUCUUCAACCGGAGGCAUCUGGCCUGCGACUAUCCGUGGAAAGCCACUUGUGAGCGUCCCAAGGAAGUCUCUGAGUGUUCGUCCAGGUCGAACGGGGUCUUUCCCGUCCUCGAGACAAACUGCCACGACUUCGUCGUCUGCCGCGACGGGGUCAUGGUCGAACUGGGAUCCUGCCCACAGGGAAAAGCGCUAAACGCUCUAACGGGCACUUGCCAGCCGAGUUCGCUGGUGACCUGCGCCGCCGCUGCCGAUCCGGACUGCCAAGGCCGCUCGGACGGAAUGUACCCGGAUGUCAAGUCGGGAUGCAUGGCCUUCUACGUCUGUCUCGGGGGCAACAGGGUCAUUACGUCGGUCUGUCCGGGCGGGUCGUUGUUUGACGGCGCCACUGCGACGUGCCUGCCGGAGAAACUGGUUACUUGCCUCACGCGGGAGGUCGCUGAGGCACCAGACUCGGUGGCGUACUCGCAGUACGAGUGCGACGGAAGAAUCGGCGUGUUUCCCGACUACUUGACGUUGUGUCAGGGCUACAAGGUAUGCGUCGACGGUCAGGAGCGCCUAGAGACAUGCGAGCAAGGCCUCAAGUAUGACGCCGAGUCGGCUCGAUGUCGGAACGCCACGGAAGAGACGGAGAACGCUUGCAGGCCGCCGCGAGUGGUCGGUACGUUCAGGUGCCAGGAAGGAAACGGCGGAGUGUUCGUGGACUACAACAGCGGUUGCAAAACCUGGCACGAAUGCCUUGGUUCGGAGGGCGUGUCUUAUUCCUGUCCCACGGGGCAGGCUUUCGACACGGAGAGACUUUAUUGUCGGGACGCUACCAAGGUUCGCUGCCAAUCCUCCAAGAUCGGGUUUUCAAUGGUAGCCUCCAUCGGCAAGAAUAUACAAACGCUGCCCAAAAACGAAAGUGACGUUCCUGUCGAUUGCGGCGAAAGCCCCGCUGGAGUAUACGCGGGUUCGGAUUGCCAGGAUUUCCACAUCUGCGCUCCUAGUGGACUGUCUUCUCACCGCUGCCCUAACGGUUCCGUGUUCAAUACUUCAAACAAACUCUGCGAUCUCUCCAGCCAACACAACUGUACGAGGGCCACCGAGAAGCAUGUUUGGCCGGGAUCGGAAGACAGCUUCUCGUGUGACAGCCGGCCGGACGGGAUGUACCCCGACUACGUCCAGGACUGCAAACGGUAUUUCGUUUGCGAAAACGGUGCAAAAACCACAGUGUACUGCCCGGUCGGAACUCUCUUCAACGAGCUUCUUAUGGUUUGUUCGAAAUUUGACGAUGUCAUCUGCGAAGAACGGCACGCACUAAAACGCCCUUCGCAUGACAUCACGACCAUUACGUCGCUGCCCGAAACGACCUCUAGUUCGAACGAACUUACGACCCCAUUCUUGACGGCGUUUACAACGACACCGUCACCGGCACAGGGUCUUCGCCCACACAAGGAUGAUACCGGGUUCACGUGUCCAUCUGGAAAGACAGGCUUCUUCGCGGACUUCAGCUCUGGCUGCCAAAAGUUCCACAUCUGCUUUCGGACGAUCCGCAAGACUUACAGCUGCCCGAGUGUUCUUCUCUUCAAUCCGGCAAGCAAGACAUGCGACAUGCCGAAUAAGGUCGACUGCCGACCGCGGUCGUCCCACACCAAGUCAGCGCACCCUCGCGACCUGUGUUACUCCAAGUCGCGGGGUUACUACGCCGAUCACGCGAGCGGAUGCCGCAAGUACGUGAGCUGCAUCGACGGCAAGGCCGUCACUUACCAGUGCCCGAGCGGCACGCUCUUCAACGUGGCCACCUGGACCUGCGAGGCCGAAGACUCGGUCACCUGCACCGACAACAGGACGGUGACGUCGCUGGAACGCCACGCGCAUGGCAUUCCGUCCAGAUUCCACUUCGACUGCAAUCAGAUGGAGGACGGUUUUUACCCAGACCUCGCCCGCCACUGCCACGUCUUCUACCGCUGUCAUCGGGGACAGAAGUUCUCGCAUUACUGCAAGCAGGGCCUGUUGUUCAAUCCCAAGACAGGCAUCUGCGACUUUGAAGGGAAUGUCAAGUGCUCCAUGGAUGACCAGUCUGAAGAGGAGGACGUUUCUACGGCGCCUCCUUUGGCCACGACUGCGAGAACGCCGAGGGCGGCGAACUGAAGCUGUGGUCGCCUAACAAACGCUGAUCCACUCUUUCGUGCUUUCAUUCUUUUGCCGUUGCUCCGAAGGGCGGCUUGAUCUAAGUAUUUUUAGUGAUUCUAAAAGAGAUUCCUGUUGUUAUGGUCUGUGCUGAUAUAGCGGCGUAAAGCGGUCAUUAAAGACACCUGUUUUUGGGAGCGACUGCACGUUGCCCGUUUUAGACAUACUGUACAGAUUUAGUGAUUUAGAGAUUAUCUAUUUUGCAUUUCUCCGAUCGAAAAUAGAAAUAAAAAAGACAAACCCAAUAUGAUCAUUGUCGGUGUGGCAUACAUCAGACCAUCGGCAAUAAGUAAGUAAAUUAAUCUUCUCAAACACCAUUGAACUAAAUAAGUGAAUAUUGCGUUUUCGCGCUGAGUAGGAAAUGUUGCAUUGAACUUUUCGAUACAUUCUUAUCUAUGCUAAGACAGCAAAACUAAACACAAGCUAUUGCAGAUAGAACAGAAAUAGUGAACUCCCUAACCAAUAUAAAGAAUCAAUAGUAAUAGAAACCGAAUGUUUUAUUUUUUUUUAUCAGCCGAGAUCUGAUAUAUCUCAAAACGUAUUCAUAGAUCUUAUCGAAGUCGAAUGCAAACAUUUUGUUAGUGUUGUGUUGGAAACAUAGCUGAAACGUUUCUAAAAUGUAAAUUUAUAACUUUCUGGAACUUGGAGACGUUAGAGCGGAUCGCGUGUGUUUUAUUUUCUAUUUUUGUUUUAAUUUUUUAUUGGUUGAUCGUUUGUUACUAAUAUUAUUUCAACCUCGUCGUGGGCUCUUCAUGAUGCCUUCGGACGUUUUGUUUAACAUGUACGCUCACCCACGGGAAUACAUGAAUCUGUAAUCCUAAUAGGAACAAGAUGUUCACUGAAAUGUUUCAGUGGUGUUUUCUUUUUUUAUUACUUACGAAUGUUUUUGCUUCAGCACCAGGAUUUUAGGAUGUCUCCUCAAGAUCUUGAUGUUCCUGUCAAAAAUAAAAACAAACAAGCAAAU